GAUGUGAUAGGACGAUGCUCUUGCACCAGCAUCUGACAAACAUUCGAAACAUAUUGAGUUUUACACAACUAAUGGAUAACACAAGCUUGAGAUCAGUAGUUUAAAAGCUAGACUAAAAUGUCAGCAAACAGCGGGAGCGGAUAAAACAAUGGAGUUUCUGGAUUAUCAAGUGAUAUUUUAAAAUCAUUUUAGACGUGCACCGGAUGAUUCAUUUCAGAUCCUGUCGUAAUUUGCAGUUUCCGCAGCUGAAUAUUGGAUUUGGACGACAAUCUCGUUUACCAUGAUUGAUUUAAAUACGAUGAACUGAUGGAGUACUUGGCCGGAUCACUGCUUGUUGUUUAAAGCGUGUUUAAUCCCAGUAAGGGAUACCCCAGAACGGUCAGUUUCUUGGGCGCAUGCUGUUUUGAGAGGAGCCGCAUCUCGCCGGUAUGGUGCGCCUGCUGAAGUGUCUGUUGCUCGGGUAUUUGACGUGGAAUCUGCGGAUAUCUGAUGCCCGGGGAGAGUACUGCCACGGCUGGUUGGACACCAGUGGGAAUUACCACGAGGGCUUUCAGUGUCCGGAGGAUUUUGACAUGGUGGACGCGACUGUGUGCUGCGGGACAUGCUCAUUGCGCUACUGCUGCGCCGCCGCGGACGCGCGUCUCGACCAGGGAACCUGCACGAAUGACAGACAAGAGGAAAAUCACACGCAAUAUGCGGCCCAGCCCAUCUACGUGCCUUUCCUGAUGGUGGGCUCCAUCUUCGUGGCUUUUGUCAUUGUCGGCUCUCUGGUGGCUGUGUACUGCUGCACCUGUCUGCGACCCAAACAGCCCACUCAGCAGCCAAUCCGCUUCUCGCUCCGCAGUCAGGGCGAGACUAUUCCCAUGAUCCUGACCACGGCUCCGCCCAGCCUGCGGACACCUUCGCGGCAGUCUAGCACAGCCACCACCAGCUCCAGUUCAGUGGGAGGCGGGAGCUCGGUCCGUCGCUUCUCCCUGGGUCGGGGUGACGCACUUGGGCCAUGUUCGCAACAGCAGCUUCUGAUGGUCUCAUCCUCAUCAGCGUCCACUCCUGUAUCCGUGGCAUCAACCCAGCCCCUACUGCCCCCACCACCUCCACCACCUCCACCACCCUACACCUCCCAGCAGGGCUUACAGGGUAGUAACUCUCUCCAACAGCCACACAGCCAGUUACAGCUCCACCACCACACCCUGCUGCCGGCCCAGAGCUCCGGGUUCCUUCUGCCUCAGCAGUACUUCUUUCCAUUGCAGCAGGAACCCUUCUCCGGGAACAAGGGCUUUGCUGACUUCAGCCAGAGCUGACCUGGGGCUUGCAGGCUGCUGGGAAAUUCUUAAAAGGAGAUAGACACCAAAGACUCAGUCAUUCACAAUGGUGUUGUUGUAGACUCAUAUCACAGGGGCACCCAUGCGCUAAUAUGGCUUUCAGCAAGCAGGAUUUGUCACUUGUGAGACUGCAUCUGGGUGAGAUAGCAGAGCAUGAGGUGUGGCUUUACGGUACAGCAAUGAAUGAACUUGACUGGAAUCUUAUAUACGCUCAAGCAUGGAAUAUGAGAUGCCAGAACAUGGUUGUCUGCUUCAAAGCACCUAAACCUACAAUGGAUCAUAUGUCUUAUGCACUUUUCAUCUGUUAAUAUGAUAAUGACUUCAAUAAUGUAUCGAAGAUCACACAAAUGUAUUUGCAUCUGUAUCUGAGAUAGGAACGAACAACAAUGGGCACUUGUUGUACAUAUCGCGGCAGUUUCCUGGUGAGAUGAACACUAGAGGCGCUCCAAAACUUUGAACAUUUUUAUCUCACAUUUGCCUUUGAUGACACAAUUGUUUAGGGUUAUAGAAGGGAGGUAGGUUUUAUUGAUUUAAAACUCAAAGGAGCAUUUACCUUAAUAACAUCAUCUGUUUGGGACAAAAUGUAACUCUCUUUUAGCGCCAUACAGUGGAAAUUUCACCUCGAAACUGCCGCAGUGAGUGCAAUGAACCGCGUGAUGCCAUUUUUUACAAAUAUUGCCCCAGUUACAUAAUUUUCAUGAGAUCAGGCUUACAAUGGAAAUAGUAAUAAAUGUUAUGGUUUUUUUUGUUAUGUCAACCCCAUUUUAGGGGUAGGGCACAAAUAGUGCCAUAUAUGAACAGGUGUUUCCUAGGAAUGUUUAAGAAUGUUGUGGGUUAUCUUAUUUUUCCAAAGGGCCAGACUAAAGGUUUAGUUAUCAGGAUGAGAUGGAGAUUAUUCAUUAUGGUUAAAAUAGGUAUUCAAAUGUCCUUGUAUGUUAAUCUUGCUUUGUAAAUGGACACGUACAUGCAGUGAGCCACAUUGCGAACAUUCCACAGUCUGCUAUUAGCUUCAUAUGAAUUAAAUUCACAACUACCCCUGGGGCGGCUUCUGUUUUUAAUGUCUAUAGAAUGUCCUGGUGAAGGUUUUUCUUCAAUUUUGUAUAAUUUGUAGCAAUCUGAAAGUCAUUACUGGCUCUGUUUCACAUUACAUUGGCAGCACAGUUUGUAUCUGUUGUAUUUGAUAUGAGCAAAGUUUUGCAAAUGAACAGGUGUUUUUAAAUGAACACAACAUCAUG